AUGACAACACCCAGAAAUUCAAUGAGUGGAGCUUUCCCAGCAGAUCCUAUGAAAGGCCCUAUUGCCAUGCAACCUGCUAAGAAAACCAUUACCAGGAAGGUAUCUCCUGUGGUUGGCCCCACACAAAGCUUCUUCAUGAGGGAAUCCAAGACUUUGGGGGCUGUCCAGAUUAUGAAUGGACUCUUCCACAUUGCUCUUGGUGGUCUCAUGAUAAUCCACCUGGAGGUCUAUGUACCUUUCUGUGUAACUGUGUGGUAUCCUCUCUGGGGAGGCAUUAUGUACAUCAUUUCUGGAUCACUCCUGGCAGCAGCCAAGACAAACUCCAGGAGAAGUUUGGUCCAAGGGAAAAUGAUAAUGAACUCAAUGAGCCUCUUUGCUGCCAUUUCUGGGAUAAUUAUUUUGAUCAUGGACAUAUUUAAUAUUACAGUUUCCCAUUUUUUUAAAAUGAAGAGUCUAAACUUUAUUAAGGCUUCUGUGCCAUAUAUUAACAUACACAACUGUGAACCAGCUAACCCUGCUGAGAAAAACUCUUUAUAUGUACAAUAUUGUUACAGAGUUCGAUCCGUGUUCUUGAGCCUUUACACAGUGAUGCUGAUCUUUGCCUUCUUCCAGAAACUUGUGACAGCUGGCACUGUUGAGAAUGAAUGGAAAAAACUUUGCUCCAGACCCAAAGCUGACGUAGUUCUUCUCCUGUCAGCUGAAGAAAAAAAAGAAAAGGCAAUUGAAAUAAAAGAAGAUGUGGUGGAGUUGACUGAAAUAUCUGCCCAACCAAAAAAUGAAGAAGACAUUGAAAUUAUUCCAAUCCAAGAAGAAGAAGAAGAAGAAACAGAAGUAAACUUUCCAGAACCUCCCCAGGACCAGGAAUCCUCACCAAUAGAAGAUGAUAGUGCCCCUUAA